GCCGCCUUCUCGUGCCUCGCAAGAAAGCAAGAAACUUUGCUGCAAAAUUAAACGGCGGAGAGAGAAACAUGGCGGCGGCGGCGACGUCUCAACAUGCGGCGGCGCAAGGGGCGGAAGAGGGCGUCGUGGUGCUUCGAUGCUUUGACGGCGUGAAGGUCGCCGUGCCGGUGGCGCUUGCACGGCAGCGGUCGGGGCUGGUCGCCGACGCGGCCGGCGCCGCGCACGGCGUGGUCGACGUGCCGGGCUACGUGUACGGGCCCGUGGUCGCCAAGGUGGCCGCGUACUGGGAGGGUCGCGCCGCUGCGACGCAGGCGGCGGACAAGGCUGGGGCGGCGUUCGACGCCGCGUUCAUGGCGGGGCUGCAGCACGACGCACUGGUGGACCUCAUCCACGCCGCCCACCACCUGGGCGACGCCGCGCUCUUCGAACUCUUCAGGUUCCGGGCAUGACCGAGCAAGCGGCUCACACCGGAAGAUGAUCCCGUUCUCCAGUUAAUGCCGCCGUUUCAACCAUUGUGGAUCAAUUUCCCUAUUUGUAUUUUUUAUUUACCCUGUCGAUCUCGUAGUUUCCAAGGAGUACAAGUUUUGAUUUAAGGCCCUGUUUAGUUCCUCGUCCAAAAAUUUUUCAUCCAUCACAUCGAAUCUUUGGACACAUGCAUGGAACAUUAAAUGUAGAUAAAAAAAUAAACUAAUUACACAGUUUAGUUGAGAAUCGCGAGACGAAUCUUUUAAGCCUA